UAAUCCUUCAUGAAUACUACUCCUCAAGAUUCUCCCCUGUUUUCACAGUGAACACCCUCCCCAAAUCCAAAAUCUCUAUCUCAUUUCACGAUCCAAAGCUUCCGAAUUCCUUCCUGGGUUUUUCUCUUCACCCCUUAAUCUCAAAUGGGUCGUAGGCCAAACGACCCAGAAAACUCCCGUUUCGCCUCUCUUGUCCUCCUAUUGGUGGCUCUGUUCUCCUGUGUUUUUGUCUAUGCGGUCGUUUCUACACUCUUGAACCCCAAUGUAAAUUCUCAAAAUUCCAGCUUUCAGUAUCUGGAAGCGAUGGCGAGUGGUGAUUUGGGGGAAAGGAAGGGUGAGUGUUGCAGAGGUAUUGAGAAUUUGGAGCUGUGGGGUCCAGCUGUGAAGUGGGGGUCUGAGUUUAAGUUUAAUUCCUCUGUAGAAUGUUGUCAGGCUUGUAAGACCAUGUGUAGCGGCAAUGAUGGGCCCUGCUUGUGUGAUACUUGGGUUUUCUGUGGGAACAAGGAGGCUUGUGGGUCGAGAUUUGGGGAGUGUUGGUUGAAGAAACAAAAGGACACUUUGGCCCCUGAUCGGCAAGAGGCAGGUGAAACUGUUAGUUGGACUUCUGGGCUGAUCUUCGGGAAAGGAGAGGGCAUUGUUGAGAUGGAAACUAAAUAUGGUACUCUUCAUAUAAAACUUUUUCCCGACUGUGCUCCAUAUUCUGUGGCCUACAUUCUUGAGUUGUUAACAUUGCGGCAUUGCGCGGGUUGCCAAAUAGAUCGUGCUGAAAGCCGGGGAAAAUAUUGGGAUUCAGAAGGAAAUCACAUAAAAGAUGCUCCUUUUGGUCCCCCAUUUGCCCUGAUUCAAGGAACUCUUGAAGCCCAAGGAACCCCAUUCAAAAAGAUUCCAACAGAGGCUCGCCCUACCAUAAGAAGGGGAUCGGUUGCCUGGAUUGGCUCUGGGCCAGAGUUCUUUAUAAGCCUAGCGAACCACGAGGAAUGGAAAAACUCAUACACUGUAUUCGGUUCUGUUCUUCCAGAAGACAUGGAGAUUGCAGAGAAAAUCACGCAACUCCCAACCAAAUCAGAUGUUUGGAGCAACAUCAACGUCUCUGUCUUACAAAAGCCUGUUCCCUUGGUUAUGCGAAGAAUGAAGAGGAGUCUCGGUGAUCUUAAUACAAAUGUGAAAUCAGACUGAACUGAUAUUAUAUAUUUUCUUGUAAUGUACACUAUAGUAUUCUUCAAUUUUGUUCAUACUUGCUUAUCUUUUUGUACUCAUUUUCCCUUCUGUUUCUUUCGAAGCAGAACACAAAAGUCCUUGGGUCAUUUUGUUGUUCUCAGGUCUUUUCUUGAUAAGUUCGAGAAAAGUGUUUGUAAUUUGCAAAAUAAAGUCACUCUAUGAUGAAGUUCAACAGGUUAAUUGUGUAUCAACAAAUAAUAAAAAAAAAUAAGAUUGGAUUGUCUUCUUUGAA